AUGUUGGCUAAUUUAAAUCCCAACAAAGCUACUGGGAAUGAUAACAUCCCGGCGAAGAUCCUUAAGAUAUCCUCGAACUGUAUUUCUCAAAGUCUGUCGUGUAUAGUCAAUAGUUCCUUGGAGACUGGAGUUUUUCCAAAUAGAUGGAAAAUUGCAAAAAUUUCAUCUAUUUUCAAGGGUAAUAUAGCUACAAAUCGAGAUAAUUACAGACCGAUAUCAAUUUUGCCCUGCUUAUCCAAGAUAUGUGAAUCGUGUGUAAACAACCAGAUGAAUGAACAUGACCAGGAAUUCCAAACUUUCUUCGAACCCAGUCAGUACGCGUACAAAAAACAUAGCUCGACCGUGACAGCUUUAAUACAAGUCAUAGAUUCCCUGAAACUCGCUGUGGAUCAAAAACAAUAUUCAGUGGCUACCUUUAUCGAUCUGCGGAAGGCGUUCGAUAUUAUUGAUCAUCGUGUUCUUCUGGAUAGAUUAAGGAAAUAA